AUGCCUGACAUGGUCGGACUCGGUGCUCUGUCCGUGCUAGACGUUACUCUUGCUGCGCUGGGCGUGGCCCUAGUAAGCCUGAUACUCUCAGGCAAGCGCAAAGGCCCUCUUCCUCCAGGACCCAAAGGCUGGCCUAUUAUCGGAAAUGUCUUGGACAUGCCCUCUUCGUACCAAUGGAAAACGUACACCCAAUGGGCGGAGAAAUGGGGUGAUAUCAUAUCUGUUACACUCCUCGGUCAACCUAUCGUCGUUGUCAGCUCGCUAGAGCAUGCCACGGAGUUGCUCGAGCGACGAAGCACGCUAUAUUCGGACCGACCGAUACUGACUGUCGGGGGAAAGAUUGUCGGAUGGGAUCAAAUUGUUGUGCUGACUCCUUAUGGUCCGCGCUUUCGUGAAGCACGCCGUUUGCUGUCACGAUGGAUCGGCUCCAGAAGUAGUGUGGCUCGUUUUGCGCCAAUGUUACAGCACGAAACAAGCAAAUACCUCUUGGACCUCCGGCGCAGCCCGGAGCAAUUUGUAAAUCACAUUAAAAAGUCAGCUGCAGCGAUCAUCCUCACGAUGACGUACGGGUACCAGAUCAAAGGCGACAAAGAUCCUUUAAUCGAGAUUGUCGACAGAGCAAUGGCUCAGUUCACCGUGCUUACCACUCCGGGCACCUUUCUUGCGGACAUUUUCCCGAGUUUGGAGCAUGUCCCAUCCUGGGUACCGGGUACUGGCUGGAAGCAGAGGGCUCUAGGUGCCCGUCAAGACACAGACGCCAUGCUCGAUGUACCAUACAGCAUUGUUGAGAAAGAAAUGGCCGCGGGCACAGCUACUCCCAGUUUCCUGUCGGUGAACAUAGAGGGCAAUCCGGAUCCUACUGAGGAAUUUCAAAGUACUCUUAAGACUACUGCUGGUGUACUCUACGCUGGUGGCUCUGAUACCACUGUCUCUACUCUUCACAGCUUUUUCUUGGCCAUGGCCUGCUAUCCUGAGAUACAAAAGAAAGCGCAACAAGAGAUUGAUGCUGUCAUUGGAAACGAUCGACUCCCGACCCUAGCUGAUCAGGAUUCGCUACCUUAUGUCAAUGCAGUGUGCGCCGAGCUCCAUCGCUGGAACCCUGUUGCUCCGCUCGGCGUUACCCAUCGUCUUGUUCAAGAUGACGUCUACGCAGGCUAUUUCUUCCCGAAGGGCACUCUGAUCACAGUAAACGCCUGGAAAAUCCUCCAUGAUCCUGAAACCUACAAGAAUCCAUUGGACUUCAACCCUGGUAGGUUCAUGGGCACGGAACCCGAAACAGAUCCUCGUCCUGUCGCAUUUGGAUUCGGCAGAAGAAUCUGCCCUGGUCUCAACUUCGCGGACGCAUCCAUUUUCCUAUCAUGCGCUAUGAUGCUUGCUGUGUUUGAUGUCUCGAAGGCUGUGGAGUACGGGAGAGUGAUAGAGCCUGUUGUCGAGUAUACGAGUGGACAAAUCAGGAUCUCCAAGCCAUCCGGCCCCGUUCAAGUGUUCGAUCAAGCCCCGGUCUGCGAAGGCUGA